AUCAAUUUUAUAAACAAUCAUUCUCUCUCUUUUAUUCAUUUAUAUUGAAUUGAGAUGAAGUGAAAUUGUCAUUGACAUAUCCUGUAGAGGCUGUAAGUUCCAUUCAAGUCCACCUACAACUUCCAAUUUGUAGAAUGAUCAAUGAAUAAUGACGUCAGGAAACCGAGGAAAAAACCCUCCAAAAGAAUGGUGCACGCGCGUAGGGAGAUGACGUACAGGUUUAUAAGUUUUCGCCGUUCGGUUCAGUUGUCAGUUGGAUGAGAGGAGAUAGAUCGUGAGGACGUAUAGUUUGUGUUCUCGGAUGCUUAACUUAACUGCUUAUAUAUUGAUAUAAUGCUGGAGUCAAAUAUUUGUAAUAGGAUUAUAAUUAUCGAAGGAGGAAAUGUCGAAUUCGAAAGAAAAAAAUGUCGUUCAUUGGUUUAGAAAGGGACUUAGAUUACACGAUCAACCCAGUUUAAGAGAAGGUUUAAUUAAUUCCACAACUUGGAGAUGUGUUUUUAUAUUAGAUCCUUGGUUUGCUGGAUCAUCCAAUGUCGGCAUUAAUAAAUGGAGGUUUUUAUUACAAUGUUUAGAUGAUCUGGAUGCUAGUUUACGUAAAUUAAAUUCACGUCUGUUUGUUAUAAGAGGACAGCCAGCAGAUGUAUUUCCACGACUCUUUAAAGAAUGGAAAGUGACUCAUUUGACUUUUGAAAAAGAUCCUGAACCUUAUGGACGAAUUCGGGAUCAGAACAUCACUGUCAUGGCCCAAGAAAUGGGCAUCACUGUCAUUUCUCGAACAUCACAUACAUUAUAUAACUUAGAAAAAAUAAUCAAGAAAAAUGGAGACAAAACACCUCUCACAUAUAAACAAUUUCAAAGUGUGUUGGCAACAAUGGAACCACCUCCUCCACCUCAACCUACCAUAACUCAAGAACUGUUAAAAAAUUCUUCAACUCCCAUUUUUGAAGAUCAUGAUGACAAAUAUGGUGUUCUAACUCUAGAAGAAUUAGGUUUUGAUACUGAAGGUUUAAAACCAGCCAUCUGGCAAGGUGGAGAAACAGAAUCUCUUAUACGAUUAGAACGUCAUUUGGAAAGAAAAGCUUGGGUUGCUAGUUUUGGAAGACCAAAAAUGACACCACAAUCUCUGUUGCCUAGCCAAACUGGUCUCAGUCCUUAUCUCCGAUUUGGGUGUCUCUCUGCAAGACUUUUUUAUCAACAACUGACAGAUCUCUAUAAAAAGAUUAAAAAAGCAAAUCCUCCUUUAUCUCUUCAUGGCCAGCUUCUUUGGAGAGAGUUCUUUUAUUGCUCUGCAACAAACAAUCCAAAUUUUGAUAGAAUGUUAAACAAUCCAAUUUGUGUACAGAUUCCUUGGGAUAUUAAUCCUGAAGCUUUAGCAAAAUGGGCAAAUGGUCAGACAGGAUUUCCAUGGAUUGAUGCAAUUAUGAGUCAGUUGAGAGAAGAAGGUUGGAUUCAUCAUGUUGCUAGACAUGCUGUAGCAUGUUUUCUGACAAGAGGGGAUCUUUGGAUAAGUUGGGAAGAAGGAAUGAAGGUAUUUGAAGAAUUAUUAUUAGAUGCUGAUUGGAGUGUAAAUGCUGGAUCUUGGAUGUGGUUAUCAUGCAGUUCAUUCUUCCAGCAGUUUUUUCAUCUUUAUUGUCCUGUUCGUUUUGGUCGUAAAGCAGAUCCAAAUGGAGAUUAUAUUAGGCGAUACUUACCAGUAUUAAAAAACUUUCCCACAAAAUAUCUUCAUGAGCCCUGGACAGCACCAGAAAAAGUUCAGGUUGCAGUAAAAUGUAUAAUUGGCAAAGAUUAUCCAUUACCAAUUGUUAAUCAUCAAGAUGUGAGCAGAAUUAAUCUUGAAAGAAUGAAACAAGUAUAUCAGCAACUCAACCAGUAUCAUGGGGUCUUUUAUCAAGUAUUCCAACACAACCCUCAUUGCCUCCUCCAUCCACAGAUAAUUCAUCAAAAAUGUCUAAAAGCACAAAACAUCAAUUUAAUGAGCGCAUCGACCAUCAUCACCAUAUCUCAGCACUUGUCUAAUUUAAAUAUACAGAAAUUAAAUUGAAAUCUAACUGUAUUGAUUUUUCUCAAACGUUUAAAUUCAUACAUAUUGGUUUGGCUAUGACAAAAUAUAUUUUUAAUAGAAUAUUUAAUUUUAAAUGAAUUUUUAUUUAAAAAUAAACAGUCACAAAUCAGUAUUAAAAGUGCCUUUAUAAUGGAAUUUAUCUUUUGAUAUAGAAAACAAAAUAUUAUAUAUAAUAAUUCCUAGUUAACAAGGAAUAUAACGAAUUCUGAUAAAUCAAUACUCCAGCUCCUUAGUGCAAUUUCUGGAAUAAAUUGGUCAAGCAUAAUCCUCAGUUAUUUAAGCAUUUACAAAAUAACUGUUUGUUUAUUUGUAUAUUUAUUAUUACUUUUAAUAAGAAAUAUUGUUAUGUAUAUAUAUAUAUAUAUAAAAUAUUCUGCAAAAGUUAUAAUGUAACUUUUUAAAUGUGAUCAUUUGUAUAUAGAUGAAAACUUAUCUGAAGUUAUUUUAUUCCAAAGUAAUUAUACUAAACCUCUUAUAUGAGCUUAAAGUACAGAAAAAUGUUGUCUAGUCAGAAUGGAGUUAAGUACAAAAUUGUUUAAGUAUUAUUGUCUAAUAUUUUUAUUAACCUGUUUUGGUACUAAAAAAAUUUUUAAUAAAUGUAUACUACUAAUU